ACAAAGAAGUUGUUUACAGUCUUGGUCGAGACGUGAAAGUGUUUGAGAUGAAGAUCGUUURUCUGGUUUUAGCUGUGGGGCUGGUGGUCCAAGCGAGGAACCUCGUGAGGAGAAACACGAGAAAUGAAUACAAAAUGUGCGUCCCUGAGCACCUCCUCGACCUCUGCCAACAAAUGUCAACUCAAGAGACUAAAAGCUCGGCGAAAAUAAUCUGCAUUCCAGCACGUGACCGAUUUGAGUGCAUUGAAAAAAUCAAGCAACGAGUGGCUGAUUUUGGUACCGUCGAUCCUGAAGAUAUGUACAUCGCGGCCAAAACGCCCGAACAAGAUUUUGCGAUUUUUGAAGAAAUCCGUACGCGGGAGGAACCUGAAGCUGAAUUUCGCUACGAAGCCGUUGCUGUGGUUCACAAAGACUUAGACAUUCGAGGCAUUGAAGGGCUAAAAGGGCUAAACUCGUGUCACACUGGCGUGGGCCGAAACGUGGGCUAUAAAAUCCCUUUGACGAAAUUGAAACAGAAGGGGAUCAUUGGGCUCUUGAACGACCCCGAACUGAGCCCACGUGAAAACGAAUUGAAGGCUUUUUCAACCCUAUUUCACAAAGCUUGUAUUGUUGGAAAAUGGUCACCGGACCCAAAAAUCAACCUGGAGUGGAAGAAWAAGUACUCGAAUUUGUGUGCCCUUUGCGAAAAACCGGAAACUUGCGACUAUCCUGACAAUUUUUCCGGGUAUGAUGGUGCCUUAAGGUGUCUCYCACACAAUGGCGGACAGGUCGCGUGGACUAAAGUGAUAUACGUCCGGAAAUUCUUCGGGCUCKCAGAAAAAAAUAAGGAAAAUCCGGACAACUACGCGUAUUUGUGUCCGGAUGGUACCAAGGUACCCGUCACUGGUACUCCAUGUCGGUGGGCGGCUCGUCCCUGGCAGGGCUACAUGGCCAACGCUGAUGUGGUAAAAACUGUUYAUGAAUUGCGACGAAAAAUCGAAAAUUUGGACAGUGUUGGUACCAAAAACCACGCCCCUUGGUUGGAGAAGGUACUCGAGUUGAAUGACAAGACGGUACCAAAAGAGAACAAGAUCAUAUCACCUGGUGAUUAUCUCGACAAGGCCAACUAUACUGAUGUGAUCGAACGUGAUUACGGACCGCCUUUUAAAACUGUUAGGUUUUGCGUGACGUCACAUGAGGAGUACCACAAGUGCCAGGCUUUGUCCCAGGCUGCCUUUUCGCGYGAUAUUAGGCCUAGGUUUGGCUGUAUUGAGGAAAAAACACUCGAGGAUUGUAUGAAAACAAUCAGAGACAACGCUGCUGAUAUUAUAACCCUAGAUUAUGGCCAGGUUGACAAGGCCCGACGCGAGUACAACCUAGUACCAAUCGUGGCCGAGCAGUACGGUAACCUAGGAGGAUCAUACUACGCUGUUGCCGUGGUCAAAAAGGGCUCAAAAUUUGCCUCGUUCGCCGAUUUAAAGGGCGCAAAGUCCUGUCAUACGGGCCUGGGUCGUACUGCAGGGUACUACGCCCCCUUAUACACCCUAAUCCGUCUAAAUUUAAUCCCCAAAACGAGUUGUCCCUACCCCAAAGCCUUGUCGGAGUUUUUCAAUGCGAGUUGCCUCCCGGGAGCUAAAGAAAUCAAAGACGGCUAUGGUGAACGUCUGUGUGACCUUUGUGGUGGGGAUGUUGARAAACAUGACGUCACUAAAAAGUGCAAUCUUGACUCCAGUGAGUCAUACAGUGGUUAUACAGGAGCCUUCAGAUGUUUGGUCGAAGGUGGGGGGGAUGUAGCGUUUGUUAAACACGUYACAGUGUCUGGGAACACAGAUGGUCACAAUCGGGAAAAAUGGGCGGAGGGUUUGAAAUCCGGCGAUUAUGAAUUGUUGUGUCCCGAUGGUGGGCGUAAACCAGUUGACCAAUACGAGACUUGUCAUUUGGCACACGCCCCACCCCAUAUGGUCGUGACAAGUCACUCGAAAAGUAAUUCCGAAAUUGACGAAAUUCGCAAUUUYUUGAUUUCGACGAGUAAACAAUAUACUGAAAYGCCAGAUUUGUUCAAAUUGUUCGGUACUUUUAACGGAAAAAAAGAUUUACUCUUUAAAGAUUCGGCGACUGGAUUAAAAUCGGUCAGUGAAGAGUCCGAAAUCGAAAAAGAGUACUCGAAAGUACUCGCAGUUGUCAAUGGAUGUGCUUGAGUGAUUUUGAUUUUUUAGGUUAAUUGUACUUGCCAUAACACUUUUUUUAAUAAAUAGUUCUUAAAUA